GGUGCAUUUUCCAAAAGCAACUAUGGUCGCAAGUUCUGUCGUUAACAGUAGAGUUGGAACUAACGACCAUAGUUAACUAACAAUGCUUAAGAAAACGCACCCCUGAAUAGAUACAAAUGCGUUAAAAUGCUGAGUCUGAGUUGUUAAUGAGGUCAGUAAACCGGGGACCUAUAAACUUAUGCCUGUGGUUUAAUCUUCUUGGUAUUAUGUAUGUUUGAAGCACAGUGUGUGGGUGAGGUGUACUUUCUUACAUCCGCAAAGGCACUUCUUGAGAUAAACAGACUGCAAAACGGUCAGGAUGAUUUUCUUCCUUCUGUUUACGCUUAUCUUCUUCAUCUUUUCAGGUGUGUUUGGUGCUGCCGAUACUGAUGAAAUCCAAUCCAUAUCAGUGAUGAGGGGAGAUUCUCUCACUUUACACACUGAUGUUACUGAAGUACAGAGAGAUGACCUGAUACUGUGGACAUUUGGAUCAAAAGACAAUCUAAUUGCUGAAAUCCAUAAGCAGGUCGUCUAUAUGUUUGAUAGUAAAGGACAUUUCAAACUGGAAGAAAAGACUGGUUCUCUGACCAUCAGAAACAUCAGAACUGAAAAUUGUGGACUUUAUGAACUAACAGUCAUCAACCUUGGAAGAACAUCAUACAAGAGAUUCAAUGUUACUGUCAUUGAUACUUUGGAAAAAAAUGUUGCUUACCUGCCAGUUCCUGUCAUCAGCAGAGACCCCUUGCAAUGUUCUUCAUCAUCAUCUCCAAACUGUUCAUUGGUUUGUUCAGUGGUGAAUGUGGGUCAUGUGACUCUCUCCUGGUACAAAGGAAACAGUUUAUUGUCCAGCAUCAGUGUGUCUGAUCUCAGCAUCAGUCUCUCUCUACCUCUGGAGGUGGAAUAUCAGGAUAAAAACAGCUACAGCUGUGUGAUCAACAAUCCCAUCAGCAACCAGACUCAACAUCUGGACAUCAGCAAGCUCUGUCACUCAUGUUCAGACUUAUUCACAUGUUGUGGUUCUACAGAAGCUGUGAUCCGAUUGGUCAUCUCUGCUCUGGUGGGCGUGGCUACGGUCACUGCAGUGAUUUAUGACAUCAGAUCUUAAAGAGUUCAAUAAGCCAGGAAUACGAGGACACCAUGGCAGCAUUCCAUUUCAGAACUUACAGUGGACUGAAUUGAAAUGUCCUAAGCCCUUGGACACUUGGAAUCUGCAAUGGAGUUGAUUUAUUAGUUCUUUUUUUUUUCUCUUACAAAUUAAAUUGAUGAGGGAGUAA